GCAAGUGUUUAAAAUAUUCAAAAGCUUUUCAUAGGCAUCUCAAGAAAUGAAGUGUCUUGCGUUGUUUGCUCUCUUCCUUCUACUUUCUGCCUUCACCUCAUACCUACCUUCAGCCACUGCUGAGUUUGUAUACGAUAAGGAUGGCAACAAGCUCGAAAACAAAGGCUUUUACUAUAUAUUGGAUGCUAAUCUUGGAGGAGGUGGAAUAGAAGGAGCCGCAACUGGCAAUGAAACUUGCCCUCUCACUGUUGUGCAAUCUCUCAACGAGCUCCAUUCGGGGCUUCCGAUACUGAUCUCGUCGUUAACUUUCGUCCGUUUCAUCUCCGAAGAACGUAUGUUGAGGCUCGAGUUCGUGGGUGUGCCGGCACCGUGUGCGCCCAGCCCUUUGUGGACUGUUGUCAAGGGUCUACCAGAAGGUCGUCAGGCUGUUAAACUUGCUGGUUAUGAAAAUACAGUAAAGGGUUGGUUUGAAAUUAGGAAACUUGUUGGUCAGCAUUACAAGCUUGUGUUCUGUGCACGUGACACUGACGCGUGUGAAAGUAUUGGGGUUCAUGUUGAUGAGAACGGAAAAAGGGUUUUGGUACUCACUGUGGACGAUCCAUUACAUGUUGUCUUUAAGAAAAUUAACACAUGGGAUGCAUGAAGCAUCGGCCUUCAACUAUCAUGAUGUCAGAGACUAGUGUAAGAUGCUUUGGUUGUAUUGCAAGACUAAAUAAAAUAAUCAAAGUUAUGCCUUCA